GUAUGCGCGUCUGCCGUAAAUACAUUAGCAGUGAGCCAUAUAGCUACCGGGAAAGGCUAAGCUAACCACAGAGGAGGAUUGUUUUGAAGAUCUUAUUUUCUCAGAAGCCCUUAAGUCAAAAAUGACAUACAGAAGAGAUAGGAGUUUACGAGAGGUGUAUGAGGAACGCUUUUUGCCAGAAAGACCGGGUCCGUACCCGCGGGCAGGUGGAGGUGUGGAGAGGAGAGGCCCCUUUGGAAGGCCAGAGGACGACUACAGCCGCGGCGGCUACGAAUAUGAAGGAGGUCCUCGCUUUUACCCAAACGGAGGCGGCCCUCGAGGUUACCAUGAAGACCAGAGGGGCUAUGCUGACAGCCUUCAUUUCCCUGGUGAAAGGAGAGGCAUUCCACCUUCAAGGAGGGAGGACUACCCUUACAGAGGACCCAGGGAAGACCAACACCAAGGGCGGCCUAUGGAGUUUAGCGCUCGUGCACCGCCUCCUCACAACGUGCGAGGCCAGGGCAUUUAUCCAGCACCCAGAUCGCUCCCAGAGGGUGGAGAGGACACGCUAGUCCAGGCCAUCCUGAACCUGGACAGAGGGGAGGACAGAGACCACUACAGGAGAAAGGCCGGUCCAUUUCCUCCCCUCCGAGAUCGUUCCCCCGGUCGCCGUGACGUGCCCCGUUCUCCUCACAGUCGGUCCGGUUCCAGCGUGAGCAGCAGAGGAUACUCACCAGACAGGGCCAAGAACCUGCCUUUUCCCACACAGCAAAGCAAGAGUGUGGACGGUCCAGAGGGUCACGCAAGUGUUACUGAGCACCUCUGGGGGGCGCUCUAUCCUCAGCAGAGUGGACAUGACACUAUGGGGUAUGAAGAGACUUAUUCUCAGAGCAGGAUGGUUGAAAAAAUCCCUGGCCUGUCAAGAGAAGGCUCCCCGCACAGUGCAGUAUCAACCAAGGAGGAGAACCAUCCCCCAGAAAGUGAAAAAGAAGAGCCAGCUGUAGCUCCUGUCGUGGAAGAAAGCCAAAAAUCUACAGACAGCUCUCAAGAGCGACGAGCCCUGGCCAUCGCAGCCAAAGCCCAGGAGAUAGAAAAGGUGUACCGUCAGGACUGUGAGACAUUUGGAAUGGUGGUGAAGAUGCUGGUGGCCAAAGAUCCCAACUUGGAGAAACAGCUGCAGGUUCCCCUAAGGGAGAACCUUGGGGAGAUCCGUGAGCGUUGCCUGGAGGACCUCAAACACUUCAUCGACGAGCUGGACGAGGUGGUUCGGCAGGAGCCGUCCGCUUGCGACUCAGCCAACCCUUCAACAUCCCUGACGGGUCAUAAACUUUCAAAAUCAGGCAUCAACCACAGCUCAUCCUACUGAUGCACUGACAUGAUCUGCGCCUUUAGUGUGAGACUGAGCAUGGUGGGAUUAACUGUUUGGAUUUUGGACUGCCAGGCUGAACCCCUAAAUAGCACAGUAUCAUGGACAGAGGAUGCAUCAUGUGGAGGAAUGGACAGUGUUAUUUUUGAACAAACCAUUUUUACCUUAAAGUUCUCUGUUGUUUGAAAGUAAUCGUGAAACGUUCCUCAAAAUUCUGUCAUGUUGUCCCAUACAAAGCAUAUUUUUUUUAUUUAAAAUGACGGUAGUCUCACAAUGUUGUGGAAAUGGAUCACAUGGGGUUUAUAAUUUAACCUUUUCAGAUGAAGAUACAUUGUUGAGAACAGACUGUUAGUUCUCCAGCAUGAUCACACGUUUUGUAGUAUUUCCAAAUGUGUAAAUUCUUACUUUGUAGCAGUCAGGCAUAUGACUCGGUGCUGCUAAAUUUACAACAGUUCAACGUUCUUGUAUAAAUUUGUACUGUCUAGAAAUGCCAGUUGAGUUCAUUUUCUUUGUGUCGUCUCAUUUCUCUUUUCAAACUUUAUGUUUAGAGUGCCCAAACUUUUCCUUUGGGACCUUGUUAUGUUGGGUUAUUUUGAAUGAUAAAAUGAUGGAAAUUAAAAACACUCUUGCUUAAAAAAUUAAAGACAUGCCAUCUUCAA